AAAGGGCAGCAAGUAGCCAAAUGCUGUGACACGGACCGAUUUCAUCCAGUUUCAAUGUCAGUGGAGCAUGGCACUGAAGCAACGAAGAUGGGUUCCCUUGCUCCUGUCCCAGAGGCAGUCCAACGGCUUCUCUCUGAACUUCACUUGGAAUGCUUUGAAAUGGCCUUUCAGCAGCGGGAACUCCGCUCAAUCAAGGAUUUGGCGUUGAUACGCUUCGAAGAACUGCUUGAGUUGGGCCUUUCCAUGGUCCAAUGCCAUCUCUUCUUGGCCAAGAUUUCCGAGAUCCUCCCACCUGAGAAUGGUACUUUGAGGGUCCAGGAAAUCAAGGGCACAGUGGAGGAGGAAAUCCUGAGGGCCUUUAUGCAAGAAGGCACAUCUUUGGAGCCAUCUAGAGAUGAUCACGGUGAGAGUGGAGACUUUAGGCCGGAGACCAUGCCCCCUCCGCCAUCCACACCUCUGUCUGAAGUGUGCCGGAAACGAGCGCAUUCCAGCCACUACUCGACAGGAGCUGCACGUGGGUCUGAAAGGCCAACCAGCUCAGUGUCAGCCACCGACUCUUCCUCAUCGCUACAUUUGGAGGACAUCCGGGUGAGAAAGCGACGUCGGCGGUAUCGAGAUGAUACGGCAGAGUCACACACGGAACGACGCCGUUCCAGCCGGCUUCAAAGCCCCUUUGAAGACUCCGAGGAACAAUGGAACUCCGUCACUGAAGACUUUUAG